CCAGCAGCCGAGGAGCCUCCGAGUCCCGCAGUGGACGAGGGGGCUCCGAGUGCCGCCAGUGGAAGCCAAGCCUUUGAGUCCUUGCAGCAGCACCCCCCAAGUACCAGCAGCAGCUGCGAAGACUCAAGGGCCGGAGCAGCGAUGGAGGGCGCCAGGCAUGAGGCAGCAGCGCCAGGAGCCGCCAGGAGCUGCCUGCUCUGCCUGGGGGCCCUCGAAAGCCCCGCUGCCGUGGAGCCCUGCGGGCAUGUCUUCUGCCAUGCCUGCAUCCAGGGCUGGGCCGCGGCCGCUGCCCCCUGCCCGCUCUGCCGGGAGCCCAUCGGGGCCAUCCGCCUGCUGCAGAGGCAGGACGGCCGUGCCGUGGUGGCCCCCCGUCGCCGCCGCCGCCACCUGCAUCCCUUCGUGCUACGCUGACAGCAGGAGCAGCAGCGGCGGCAGGAGGAGCAGCAGUGGGGUCCUGGAGGUCGCCGUCGCCGGAGAUUCUCCGACGGGGAUAGGGAGCAGAGUCCCCCCGUGCCCCUGCGCCGUGUGCGGAGGGAGCUGGAAGAGCGGCCGCACAGAGUGCGGGAGGAAG